CAACGACUCACUGCGCCUGCGCAGACACAGCAGUGCCACGUAAACCAUCGCUCCAGUCGGGCCAAUCAGCGCGCUGUAUUAGAAUGCUGGGUGUUGUAGUUCUUGACACUUUGGGGGCAUAUAUUGCAUUAUAAAACCUGUAGGGGGGAGCAAAUCCAAACUGUUACGUAUUAGGAUGCUGGGUGUUGUAGUUUUUGACACUUUGGGGGCAUAUAUUACAUUAUAAAGCCCGUAGGGGGCAGCAAAUCCAAACUGUUUCCCGCCCAAAACCGAAGAAGAAGCAGAAGCACUUCCUCCCAAGCUGUCUCCACGGCAACCAGACAUGGCGCCGGGGAACCAACCAAUACUUUCGUCCGCUCCUCUGCAGGUCCUCUUCUACCUCAACAGCUGGUACUUUGGUGCCUUCUACCUGGCAGAGGUCCUGAUCUUCAUCUAUAAAGGGAUUCUACUGCCCUACCCGUCAGAUAAUCUGGUUCUGGAUGUGGUGCUGCUGGUCCUCUUCCUCGGUCUGGAGACUCUCAGGAUCUUUUACGGUUGGAAGGGGAACCUGUGCGAGCGCUCUCUGGCCUCGGCGGCGGCGCUGUUCGUCCUGUGUCCCUGCGCGGCGCUGGCCGUCUACUUCCUGCUGCUGCAGACCUUCGUGCUGCGCCUCGAGUUCAUCCUCAACGCCGCGCUGCUCUGCUUCUACGCCCUCGAGUUCCUGCUCGGCUUGUUCUCCGUAUCGGCCUUCUCCAGAAGCUAAUAGCUUCUAAUGGGAGAAGUUCCAACACACUCCGAGUCCAUUGUGAAAACGUGGGAACAGAGUCCGAAAUCCACAGAAGAAGAAUGCAUCUCCUCGCAUUAAAUAGAAGCAGCAGCCUCAGUCUGGAGGAGCCAAGACCCAAUGCUUGAGUAUUUAACCCCAGAACACAGCUGAUGGGAGUAAGAGAUAGUUUUUUCUUAAAUAUAACAUCAAUUUCCUUACAUAUUUUGACCCAUUAGUCAUUUAAUAAGGGGGCACUCAAAUAUACAGUGGAAAUAUGUACCUCAGUUCUUUAAUUUCUUCAUUUUUACCUGCUUUUUGAUAUUUUAAUUAGUUGUUUUUAAAUCGUUUUCUAACUGCUCUUUAAUGUUUUAUUUAAAGCACUUUGAAUUGCCCUGUUGCUGAAAUGUGCUCUACAGAUAAAGCUGCCUUGCUUCUCAGUCCAACGGAAGCCAUAAAUGUUCAUGUUCUUACUUUCUUUU